GAACCAAAUAAAAUUUUAUGAGAUUCGAACUGACUAGAGUCAAACCAAUCCGGUUUUAUUGCCUUAUAAAUUGGCAUGGUUCGUGUGAUUUAACCGAAGCGAAUCUUGAAUUUUUUUGAGAUUCGAGUUGGUUAUACAGUUAAACCGAGUUCGUUAUAUAUAUGCCUUCCCUCCAAAAAAACAGAGCAAACCUAACGAUAAAAGAAGAACCUUUCAAGAAACCCUCUCGAUCAUCGUCGUCUUCUUCUUCUCCGAGAAAUGGCUGGCGAUCUCUUCCGCCGUAACAGACCUUUCAAUCAACUCGAUGGCUUCUACACCGACUGGUCCAGACACCUAACUGAACGCUGCCUCCCUACCUUACGGGAUUUCCCCACCGACGCCAAGAACGAAGCCGUCCUCGGCGACAUACACUCAUACUACGACACUCUAAACCACUACGCCAACAAAAACACGAUCCUCUACUUCCUCUUACCCUCAUGGCGCAGCAACUCGCUCGAGACGCCGAUCCUCCUCCUCGGCGACAUCAAUCCUCGUCUUUUCACCAGCCUUGUCCAGUCUUUCAUCGACGACGUCGGACUCAGUCAAGAUCCGAUCCGCACUUUCAGUACUCUUGCUGCGUGGGAAGACCUGUCGCUCCAGCUCGAGAACACUAUCAACGGAACCGUCUCGCGUCUGCUAGAUGAGACGAGGGAAGCGCAGGACGGUUUUAUAAGACGUUUCUCGGAUAAGUGGGUAUCGUCGUUUCGUGGUUCUCAGAGUGGAACGGUGAUAAUGGAGACGGCGACUUCAGUGACGACGGAUGAGGAGGGUGGUGGUGCGGCGAUCAUGGAGGAGCUUGUGAGAAUCUUCCGUGAAGCGAAUCAACUGAGGAAGAGUGUGAUCACCGACAUUGCUGGAGUGUUGAACAUGAAUCAAAAGGUUCUGUUUCUUGAAAGCGUGUGCAAGCUUCUUUCAGGGUUUAAACAUCAGGAUAAGGCUUUUCAGAAUUCUCUAUUUGGUUAUAAUCUCAUUAACCAGCAGCUUCCACCAGAUGAUGACAAUCUCUUCAAGCCUCUUCAUCCAUCCGAAGAAGUUAAUGCACACCCUAAUUAUCCUCGGCCCAUGGUGCAGAACUAUGCACCUCCGUUUCCACCAGAUGCCCACCAGUUCUUCCGGCCUUUUGCUCCAUCCGGUGAGGUUAUUGACGCACACCAGAAUUUUCAUCCGCCCAUGAUGGAGCAGCAGUAUGCACCUCUGCCUCCACCACCACCGCCCAUGGCCCAGCACCAGCAGCAUGCACCUGAAGAGGAUCACGUUAUAUAUAUUGGGAACUUGGCCCCAUGGGCCACGGCUGGUUUGCUAUACCAGAGGUUUAGUUGUUAUCCUUCGGUUAGGAUAGCAAAGAUUUGCGGUGACGAAACAGGUAGUUACGGAUAUGGUUUUGUUAGCUUUGCAGAUGAAAGGGAGAAAACGCAUGCUAUGAAGGCAAUGAACCGUCAAAUCUUUUUAGAUAGGGAAAUGUAUGUUGGUCUUGCAGCCAAGAACUCUAUCUAGUAGUCCCACUUUCCUUCACUAUAAACUUGGGAGUAGUUUCUAGAGUCUCUUUGUUUUUGUACUUGUC